AUGGCACGCCUUUGGCGCGUCGCCGCCGUGAUGUGGAGCGGGAGCGCCGUGCUGCGGGCUAUGCACAGACGGCAUGCAGCGGGUCACCGUGUGAUACCUGUGGUGUACAGUGAUCCGAAGGUGUAUCAGCUGGCGGCGUAUGAUGCCAACUUGGAUGGUGAGAUCACGGCUACGGACACGAGCAUGUUGUUGAAGCAAAACUUCAACAAGGUUCGCUUUGUCAAAGCUUUGGAGGCGCAGCAAGUGGGUCGCGAAGCAGAAGCCUGCGACCUGGUGCUUCGUGCGCAGCUGGCCGAAGCUGGGGAUGAUGGAGCAUCGGCCAGCAACACGGAAGUGUUCUUCGAUGUCUCUGUUACGUCAGCCCAGGACAGCGCCAUGGGUGGUUUGACGUCUGCGUUGAGCAGCAAUGCAUACUAUUGGAACGGCACUUACGUCGGAGACGGCGGGCGCUCGGCCAGCCUGUAUGGUGGAGUCGUCAAGGCCGUUGGCACGGGUGAGGGCUGGUUUGAGGUACGCUUGCUGAGUACGUCGCUAGUUGGCGAGGGCCUGGGUCUGUCGUUGUUGCAAAAGACGUAUGAUUCACAGGGCGGAACCAGCACGGCCCGACGCUUGGGCAUGUUUAAGACGAGUGCCACGCCGCUUUAUUCAUCGCAGCUGAGCAUGACAGUGGAUGGCAUUGAGGUGAUUACGGGCAGCAGUGGCUACUCGCCGCUGACUACGUUCAGUAACAAUGUGACGAGUAGCGAGUGCUUCAACUUUGCUGAUCCUGUGUUUGAGUCUGCAACUGUGCGGUUUGAGGUGGACGAGAACUCUGGCAUCGACGCCGUUGUUGGGGUUGUGAAUGCCACUGACGCGGAUAGCUCGGGCGUGGCCCCUGCUGCGUAUGGCAGCCUGGCCGUGACCGGUCAAUCGGGCAUUGUGCGCUACGAACUGAGCGAGGCCUCAAGCUUGUUUGCCGUGGACGCUGUGAGCGGCAUUGUGACGGCACUGCAGGAUUUCGACUAUGAGGUUGAUGUCCGAGAGGUGUUGUGCGAACGCUCGUCGAGCGUGGUGGUCAACGUUUCGAUCGUCAACCUGAAUGACAAUGCCCCUGAGUUUGUUAACACGCCAUAUGAUGUCUCGACUCCCGAGGAAGGCACGAUUGGAAGCGCGCUGCUGAGCGUGUCUGCGAGCGAUGCCGAUGGUGACCAGCUGACAUUCAGUCUCAUGGGCGCCACGGGCAUGGUUGAGCUUGUGAGCAUUGAUGAGACGACGGGCGUCGUUUCCAUUGCGCAGCGCAUGGAUCGCGAGGCCAUUGAGAAUAUUUACUUCACGGCUUGGGUGACUGACGGUGACCACAACGUCUCAACAAAUGUGACGAUUAGCUUGACUGACAUCAAUGACAACCCGCCGAUUUUGCAAACGCCUUUUACUUUUGAGUUUAGCGAGGCGGCGGUGCCCGGCGAACCCGUGGCCGUGUUGAACGUGACAGACGCGGACAUUGGAGUGAAUGCUGAAUAUGUGUUUGCUGUAGAAGUGGUGCCAACUUUUGCGGGCAUUUUCAAUGUGACAGCGAUUGAGAGGCACGGUGUUUUUGAGCUGAUGCAGGCGUUGGACUAUGAUGUUUCGGGUGGACUCAAAACAUUUUUUGUGACCGUUUCGCCUGCGAGCGUUGCCGCCCCGACGUACACGCCUAGCUUCAGCUCGCGGACAAUCACGCUCAGCUUGACAGAUGCCAAUGACAACGCGCCUGUGUUAACGGGCACGAACCCGCUUGAGAUUUCCCUGUCCGAGUUGACUGGCAACGAAAGCGUGAUUGCGACGCUAACCGCCAACGAUGCAGACUUGAGUGAGCAGUAUGGUACCGUUAGCUGGACGUCGUAUAAUGCGACUGGGCCAUUUGUUGUACUGAGUGAUGGCCGGGUAGUGUUGACCGGUGCCCUCGACUAUGAGACACAGACGCGUCAUAUUGUCAAUGCGCGUGCCAGCGAUGGUGAGCGAAUGACUGCCGGUACGCAAGUGGUGAUUGUUGAUGUCGAGGAUGAAAACGACAACGCCCCCGUGUUUGCUGGCGGUGUGAGUGAAUUCCACGUGACCGUGUAUGAGAACUUGACCAUCAAUUCGACGCUCCUUGAUUUCGGCGUCACGGAUGCCGAUUCAGCUGCCAACGGCCAGGUUUCGCUGCGCAUUUUGAACACGACACAGCCGUUCAGGAUCAGCGGGCAGCUGCUGCAGCUGGCAUCAUCGUUGGACUUCGAGGGCCGUACAUCUUGGCAUAUUGAGGUGGAGGCGACAGACUUGGCUGAGAACGAAGCCGAUCGGCUGACGACCCGUGCGUCAGUGUUUGUUGAAGUUGUAGACAUCAAUGACAAUCGGCCGGUGUUUAACCGAUCGUCAUAUGGCCCCGUACAAGUCUUUGAGAAUGUGACUACAGGCUCUGAGUUGGUGCAAGUGUUUGCGACUGAUGCUGAUUCUACGGCGUUCCCUGCUCUGCGCUACAGCAUUGAAGGACCUUCGUUGUUGGGGGGCGCUGUCACCGUUGACGCUGUCACGGGGGUUGUGGUCGUCAACGACACUUCUUUGUUUGAUUACGAGGCUCGUCAGACCAUGGCGAUUCAGAUUGGCGUAUCAGAUGGACACCACAAUGUGAGCAUUGCUGAGUUGAUUAUUACACUUGUUGAUGUGAAUGAGUUUACGCCUGAGUUUGCUGAGGCGUCGUAUGACUUCUCCAUUAGCGAGUUGCUUGAUGUUGGCGAGGCGGUCGGUGCUGUCGAGGCGUCUGAUGGCGAUGGCAGUGCGGCCUGGAGUACGUUUACCUUUGAGCUCGUAUCUCCGUUGUUUGAGGUGAACGCAACAUCGGGCGUCAUUUCUUUGAGCGCACCCGUUGAUUAUGAGACGGAAACGUCGCACACCAUCACGGUGACUGUGCGUGAUGCAGGAGGUCUGAGUUCGAGCGUGACAGUUGUGGUGGAUGUGGAGGACGAGAACGACAAUGAUCCAUUCUUUACACCGACGUCUAGUUAUACUGCUGCGGUGCGCGAGGACGAAACCCCUGGUGCGGUCAUUGUGGUUGCAUCUGCCGACGAUGCGGAUGCAUGCUGUUCUGAUCUACGAUUCCGUUUGGAUAACGGGAAGCAAGCCUCAGAUGAUGGCUACAUUUCCAUUGACGCCACUACGGGCGUGGUGACGUUGGCCAUGGACUCGCCGAGUUUGAUUGGUGUGCGCCAGCUUGUGUACGGGUUGGUUGUGUCUGAUGGCGAUGGACAAGCCUAUGCGGCCCGCACUGGCACGGCAACCCUUACGAUUGACAUCACAGCCGGAUUGGCAUUUGUGUACAAUACGUGUUCAGGAACACCGCUGGCUGUGGGCAGUGAGACAUUGAAUUUGACGCUGGAAGCGCCGACGAGCGUGUCGAUGACGCUGUCAGGCAAUGCAGCGCGCCAACUGACACGCCCCAGCCCCUAUGUUUUGGCGGACAAGGGUGUGCACGUGAGCAGCAGCGCUGUGCGCGUCCAACUCUCUUAUGCGUCGGGCCGUGUGUUGGACCGUGAGAGUGAUGCUCGCACGAUCUACAACACGAGCGGUCUGAACGGCCGGUUUGAGUUGAACUUUGAUGGCGAGGGCGUACCAACGCUUGCUGCCGUUGCCAAUGCAACGAAUGGCACGGGCGAGCUUUGUGUGAGCUUUGUGCAUACACCGUUGACGCAGUGCGUGACGAUUGAGCUUGUGUUGCUGGAUGAGGUGACUGUGAGUGCGCAACCCUAUUUUGGUGGAAGCCAACGCGGCAACAUUGUGGAGAGCGUGUUGAGUCAACUUGGUCAGACAGGUGUGUAUCAGCAAGCACGGAUGACGGCCAGCAUAUCUAUGACUGAUGGCACAUCACAGAGCGUGUCAACGGACGUGGUGUAUGCGCUGAGCAAUACUGUUGGAAGUGGCUUGGAGCUUGUAUCGAGCCGUAUUGUGCAGCGCUCUGGCAGUGCGACGAGUGGUGAGGCUGAGGUUGUUGCGACCUACGGUGGGCUGUACGUGAGUGAGCCGUUUACGUUGGUUCUGGACAGCACGCCACUGCAGGUGUCGUCAUUGAGCAGCUUGUCCCUGACGCCCUCGUCGACGGCCGACGGCAGCACGCCAUUGUUCCCCAGAGUCAAUGUGGCAAUGGGUGACGGCACGAGCUACAACGCAUUCAUGGGCUCGAAUGGCCAGACCCGACUUGUGGAAGGGCUGUUGACGUUUUCUCGUGUGGAGAGUGUUUCUGGAGUCGCCACGGUCGAUAGCACGACCGGCGAGAUUACGGGCGAGGCCAAUUACCACGCGGCACUGACGCUGCGGUGUGCAGUAGUGGGUCAGAGCGGCAUGAGUGCCACGACGACCUUUUACAGCAAUCUUGCCGCGAGCACUGUUGGUGAUGUGGAUCUGGGCAGCUCGAGUGGCGCUGCCUUGCCUCUGGCCGAAGCUGGGGAUGAUGGAGCAUCGGCCAGCAACACGGAAGUGUUCUUCGAUGUCUCUGUUACGUCAGCCCAGGACAGCGCCAUGGGUGGUUUGACGUCUGCGUUGAGCAGCAAUGCAUACUAUUGGAACGGCACUUACGUCGGAGACGGCGGGCGCUCGGCCAGCCUGUAUGGUGGAGUCGUCAAGGCCGUUGGCACGGGUGAGGGCUGGUUUGAGGUACGCUUGCUGAGUACGUCGCUAGUUGGCGAGGGCCUGGGUCUGUCGUUGUUGCAAAAGACGUAUGAUUCACAGGGCGGAACCAGCACGGCCCGACGCUUGGGCAUGUUUAAGACGAGUGCCACGCCGCUUUAUUCAUCGCAGCUGAGCAUGACAGUGGAUGGCAUUGAGGUGAUUACGGGCAGCAGUGGCUACUCGCCGCUGACUACGUUCAGUAACAAUGUGACGAGUAGCGAGUGCUUCAACUUUGCUGAUCCUGUGUUUGAGUCUGCAACUGUGCGGUUUGAGGUGGACGAGAACUCUGGCAUCGACGCCGUUGUUGGGGUUGUGAAUGCCACUGACGCGGAUAGCUCGGGCGUGGCCCCUGCUGCGUAUGGCAGCCUGGCCGUGACCGGUCAAUCGGGCAUUGUGCGCUACGAACUGAGCGAGGCCUCAAGCUUGUUUGCCGUGGACGCUGUGAGCGGCAUUGUGACGGCACUGCAGGAUUUCGACUAUGAGGUUGAUGUCCGAGAGUAUCAGGUGACGAUUGUGGCCCGGGAUCAGGGUGUUGUGCGCCAACGCUCGUCGAGCGUGGUGGUCAACGUUUCGAUCGUCAACCUGAAUGAUGUGCCUCCCCGCUUUAACGCCACAUCUUUCUCUUUCUCUGUGGCUGAGAACCUGCCCGCAGGCGUCUCCAUCGGUACUCUCUCCGCUUGGAUCGACCCGCCAGUUCCUUUACUGUUCUCAAUUCCAGAUCUCAAUGCUUCCUUGUUUGCGUUCAACAAAUCGACCGGACUUCUGUCGACGUUGAUCUCACUGGAUCGGGAAGCGAUGGGUGAUUUGAACAUCACCGCUUUUGUCGAACUUCCAGGAUUUUCUCAUCUGAAUGACACAGCCUUUGUUUCUAUCACUGUGAUUGAUACCAAUGAUAACAUUCCAGUCAUCACCUCAAGCACCGCUUUGGAAAUUCCAUCAAAUACUGAUGUCAAUACUUCCGUGUACGUGCUGACCUACGCUGAUGCUGAUUCCUGGCCAUUUGCCGAGUCAUCCCGCUCCGUCGGAACGAUUCGCGCCAACCCACCCAUUUCUGACAACAGCCAACCGCCCCCGGUGGUGGAUACAACCACAUUCGCAUUCAACUCAUCCUCGGGGUCCCUAAUCCUCAAGAAACCACUGGACAAGACUGUUGCUGUUUCCUUCUUUUUCACUGUGACUGUGACGAACCUUGCUUCGCCGUUUUUCUCAAGUUCUGAUACGGUUUUGAUAUCUAUCGGCAGCGCAAACCUCUACGCUCCAGUGGUCACCUCUCCCUCUCGGGAGGUGCUUCUGUUUGAAGACCAUGCCGUUGGAACAGAGAUUGAGCUCAUCUUCGCCGUGGAUCAAGAUUCAGGUGCAAGUGGCAUCGUUCGAUAUGCAAUUGUGGCUGGCAAUGAGGACGGCUACUUUGCAGUCGAUGCAGUGACCGGAUCUGUCACUCUUGAAAAUCCUCUUGACUAUGAGCACCGGCAAGAUGUCACCAUCGUCGUCGAGGCGCGUGAUCGAGGCGACCCCAUCAGCUUGGCAACCAACGUCACCAUCCACGUUCAAAUCAUUGAUGUCAAUGACAAUGCGCCUAUCUUCGUAUUUACAUCACCUUCAUUCUUGUCAGAGUUGGCACCGAGCGGCCACGUUGCGGCUUUGCUUUGUGCCUAUGAUGCCGAUAGCGAGUCAGCUGGUAUUGUUGAUAUGACACUGACCUCUUUAUCAGGCGUGUUCGGUGCGAACAAGGCUAACGCAUCUUGUUGGGAAAUCGUCACUGUCAUGGCAACUGCUCCCCUCCUGACCGAAGCACGUGAGCUUUUGAACUUGACUUUUGUGGCUAGUGAUCGUGGCUCGCCCAUGCAAACGUCGACAGGUUACAUGUCGAUUAUUCUUUUUGAUGAAAACGAUCACGCUCCACUGCCCAACAUGUCGCAAAGUGUGCGAGUAUUGGAAGAUGCUGCUGUUGGCACAGCGAUAACAAAGCUCAGCUUUGUUGAUAGCGAUUAUGACUGGAAUGCAGCCUUGACAUACCUCCUAUUGACAUCAGAUGUUGUUCCGUUUGAGUUGAAUGCUACGUCCGGCUCUCUACUUCUUGUCGGGCAACUCGAUCGGGAAACAAUUGACAGCUAUGAGUUGGUGGUGAUGGUACAAGACCGCGCUCCGACAUUUGAACCUACAUACGCCGAUGUUGUGCCACAGCCAACGCUUUCGACAAAUUUUACCGUUCUGGUUAAUAUCUCUGAUGUCAACGACAACCCACCAGUGUGGGUGAACGCAAGUAAUAUGACAUUGGUCGUGCCCGAGGACCAGAGUGGUGCUUUUGCUCAGUUUCUUGCAACUGAUGAUGAUGAGGGCAUCAAUGCCAUGCUCAACUAUAAUGUUGCUGCAAGCGUAAACUGUAGUGUAAUCAUCUCUAGCGACGGGGUUGUCUCGCUCAAUGCUUCAUUGGACUAUGAACAGGCCCGUACAGCGUGGUUUUUGCUCAUAGCGAGCGAUCGUGGCACUCCGUCACAUCAUGCUGAGCUUUACGUGUUUAUUGAAGUGGCUGAUGUCAAUGAUGUCAGCCCAACUGUUUCGGGCCCGGCUUCUCUCACCUUAUCUGAGGCAGAAGCCAUUGGAACAGUUGUUGCCUCUUAUUCAGCCACAGAUCCUGACACCGGGAACGGAGGCGUGGUAGACUUUUUUGUUGACACCGCCGCAUCUGGAAACCGAUUCAGUAUCACCCUGGACGGCAACCUGAAGGUUGCCGGCUCUCUUCUCGGCUCCACGGCAAUGGUUGUCGUGGUUGUCGCAAGAGAUCGUGGCUCCCCUCAGCGUCAAACAAGCUUCCCCGUCUUUGUGUCCUUUGGCUCGGCAGAGGACUUCACCAUGUCCUUCUCCGGAAGUGGCGCUCUCUUUGCCAACAGCCCCUCGAUUCUGAACUCAACUUCAGGCUUCGAGUACCAAUACUUGCAGGCGUACUCCGUUUUGCCAAGGGCCUUAGCAGGCGGCACGCUUUCUGCUAGACUCGGCUCACUGAAGGGAUCCCAGGCGCUUUCUCAGACCAGGGCAGUAGCAAAUCGGUUGGAGGUCGUGCUGGCCUCAACCGCACUUUUCGUGGAAGAUCGGGUGGUUCGAGCAUCCGCCCUUGUUCUUGAUGGUUCCUUCAAUCCGCGCACGCAGGGUGCAACCAUUGCCUUCACGAUUCAACCCGACAUUCGCUUGCAGGGCCUGGGCGCUGUCGCUGUGUCAGGUUCCUGUACCGUUGCAGCCAGUACAAACUCAGGCAUGUGUGGCUUUGCGUCAACGAACCUACCGGCUUCAUGGUUCACUAUGGCCGCACUUCGAGAUGAUGCUGCGGAUCCAACCGUGGAAGUGUUGGUCUCUCUACAUGGGAGUGCUCCGGUGUCCGUCGGCACGGUGGUCCUGACGCGUUGGGUACCACCUGUUGUGGCAGACCCCAUUAAUCAAUUGCGCAUGACCCUACCUGCUAAUGACAUAUUCCCUGGCAACGCCUUCUCGGCGACAGUCGAGGGACAUGCCGGCUUUCAACUGCAAACAUUCCUCUUGCGCCUCACAGCUGGCUCGGCCAUCAGCAUUACUUCUGUGGAGGCACGCGAUAGCGAUAAAUUUUCAAUUGUUAACACUGCGAGCUCGGCGUCUGAUUGGACUGUGUUUGGUCAGCUGAACGAUGCUUCCUCGGCAAGUUCAUCUCCCGUUGCCGCAGAGACGCUUUUAGACGUCACUUUUGUGGUCUCCAGCAGCGCCGCCACAAGUCAAUCAGUCCGCAUCGACAUCGUUGUGCAGGAGAUUACCAACAUCAGAGGCGAGGACCUCAUUACUUCUGAUAUUGCAGGCGAGUUUAUUGAUCACCGAUCACGGCUUACCGGCCAGGUCUUUGCUUACGGUCAAAUAUUCGUUGCUCCUGACGAAGUGCGUGGGCUCCAUGCCUUUGGUGAUGUGGGUGAGAUAACCAAUAUUGGCGUGUUGACGGGCGAAACCACCUCUUGGCCCUUGUAUACGUAUGCCAUUUAUCGCUCAGGUCAACGUUCGCGCGUUACGAGUGAGUUAGCAUGCUUGUCUUCGCAGACAAGUGUUAUGCAACCCACUUCCGGGUGCACAGCGUUGCAACUUCCCAAAACACAGAGCGUGGGCAGUCCCGAGGUGUCAAUCACGGUCAUGUGGGCAGCAUCAAGCACCGUUGCAAGAUUUCGUGUAUGGGCACCGGUUCUACCUGUGCCCUUGACAGCGCUAGACCAAAAUUUGCAUGCUAUCUCCGGCUCUGGCUGUUCAGUCUAUCAAAGCCGCCAUUUGGAUGCCUUUGCGUCGUUUUCUGAUGGUGUUGAGGCUCGCUUUGCAAACGUGAUUGACUCCUUCGCGGGCGCGUUGGCCCCGGCUGACACUUCUGUUCUGGAGAUUGUCAGCGGCAAAGUUCGCGGCGUGGGACCAGGCACAAGUGUUAUCCGGGUUUUGCGCGAUGGUCUUCUUGUGGCAGAAUCAAGUGCUUUCGUUGUGAAUGAGAGCAGCGUUGAUAUCACUCAAAUUCGAGUUGCUGUUUUUACGGACUUAACCCUGACGGCUGUCCCGGACUUUGAGGUGGUGUCCGCGCCGAUCAAUGUGACUGCCAAGGUGGAUCAGGCCUUUGACCUCGAGUAUGAGGAGGGUCACGCUGUGGCACUCGCACUUUACUCUGACAUGACAUCAGAACUGCUGACCGUCGAGGAUGGUAUGGUAUAUUCCAGUGCAAACCUAGCGUUAGUCACAGUCACAAAUGAUACUGUGACUGCCAUUGGAAGCGGUGUGGGACAAUUUGUUUUGGGUGAGUACAAACCUUGCGGCUUAAGCUUUGAUGCCUUAGCCAAUGGAACAGCUACUGUUGCCAUUGACAUCCCUGAACCGGAUUCAGUCGAAGUUGAACUUGACACUGGCAAAAUUUGCCUGCCUGGUUCAUCAGCGGCGCUGCUCGGCGUCGACACAUCUGCUCGGGUUCAUGUUGACUUGCGCUAUGGCAGCGCACUCCUGUCCCGUGAGUUGGACAACCGGACGCUCUUCUCGUUGGAACCGAGCAUCGGCAGAGUAGAGCGCGGUGAGGAGACCGUCAUGAUAAUUGUGACCGAUUCUACCUACGAGGGCCCGGUAACGCUUCGCGUAACAUUUGAGCACCUCAAUGCGUCUGGAAGCGAAACUUUCAGUGUCAUACGCCUCAGUCAGGUGACUAUGGCCUCGCAGCCAUACCCUAUAUUUGCGGGCUCUAGUGCGGUGAGCAAGACAAGCUCGCUGAGAUACGCAGAAACGAACGUUUUUGAGUCUCUUCGAAUCAGUGUGACCGCACACUUGAGUGAUGGCGCAACGCACGAGGUCGCAAGCCUGGCUGCCACCACCUUGUCCAUUGUCCAAGCUAGCCAACGUGCUGUUUUGAGUGGGCGUAUCCUGUCACGCGUGCUGCCUUCCAGCGCCGGUGUGGUGGUGGUGACUGCUGUUUUCAAUGGAGAAGCCGCCUCGAACGACUUGACCAUCACGAUGUCCGAUGAGCAAACCUUUGUCAAUCGGAUCACUGCUUCUGGCUCAAUCACCACCUUUGACACUGUCACGUUCACGUCGACGCUGCGGGGCGUGCAGGAUGAGGCCUCUGCGUUUGUCACACUUGGCGCGCGGUUUGACGAUGGAACUUUUUAUCCGACGCUAUUCGGCGCGAACGGUGCCGUCAACCUGCCCGGUCUCAUCACUUUCCGCAGCAGUCAGCCCACCGUGGCCUCGGCCAAUUCGGUGACGGGUGAAGUGACGUUGCACGCCAAUUGGCCAGAAUUGGUCACUGUGACGGCCCAAGCCGUGGCAAGCGGGAUCGAGGGCUCGGCGACUUUUGCGGCCAACCUAGACCCUGACACCUUUGAUGUGGAUUUGGGGGCUGCAACAGGCUUGCCACUGAGCGCCCGCGCCAUUGGCGACACGUUUACGGUGCCGGUCCGUGUUAAUGCCGGCAGCAGCACGCUAGCCUCCAUCGAUUUGUCUGUGUAUUACGACCCCAGUCGGCUGGAGGCGGUGAGCGUGGCGCCUGGCAGUGCCUGGCCAAGCAGCGCGCAGCUGACAGCAACGCUGGACGAUCCACCGGGUGUGGUCCUGUUCGGCGGAGCUUUGGAUACCACGGGUCUGCAGGGCACCAAGGAGAUUGCGGUGUUGACGUUUAGAGUGUUGGCAGGUGCAACGGUUGGUCAGCGCUUGGCGUUGACGGGACAGGUCACGACCAUGGCAGAUACAGACGGCGUCUUGAUGGGCGCCGAGAACCGUGCCUUUGUGGCCGGCAGCGUUGAAAUGGUGGUGGCCAGUGCUGGCCGGCGCCGUCGUGCUGAUGCUGAUGCUGAUUCUGAAGCGGAUGUGACUGAGGAUGGCGCCGAUGGCCUGCUGCCAGCAACCGCCACGGCUGACAGCCGUGCGGUUGUGUUGGCUCUGAUAGCGAAGCAUGGUGGCUUGGAGGGCCCUCAGCAAGGCGUUCGUCAACGCCGUGCAGAGUGCGCCAAUGCACGUUGUACGGCGGCUGAGUGCGUAUCGGUUUAUGGUCAGGCACGCGAGACGGGCGAUGCAGAUGGCAAUUGCCUCUUUGAUGUUCGUGACGUGCGCUAUACCCAAGACUACAUUGUCUACGCUUCGCUGGGCUUUGCCACACCGGCGGGAGCUGCUUUCCGAGCUGAUAUGCUGAGCUCUGGGGAGCAGGAGGCCAAUAUGGAUGCCGAUUUGAACGGCGUGAUUGACGGCCGUGACUCAUCCUUCUUAGCGCGUGUCAACUUCCGUCAGCUCCGCUUCAUCAAGGAUAUCUCCAUCGUUCCCGUCGAGAACAGUGACAAUUGUGCCUUGACACUCGCUGCUACACUCGUCGCCAAGGGUGAUGUGGCCGUCGACGCGUCUCAGACAUUUGUCUAUUUCGAUUUUGUUGCGCCAAGCCAUGCGUCCGACCUGCCUUUCGAUGAGGCAGAUCUUGUCAUUGGCACCAUGGCUGCGUUUUCUGUUUCCUCUGGCAGCAUUCGCAACGUACGCCCUUCAGCCUACUUGAGCAGCGUGCUGACCGACGGACACUUUGUUGUGCAAAUGCGUAGCGACGUGGUACAUUCCGUGGGCAUCUCAUUGAUCAUGGUCACAACCAAUUCGCUGGGUGAAACCGAUCAAUCGCGCCAGUUUUUCUUGGACGGCUCCUCCUCUGCUCCGUUUUUAUAUGCAGGCGUGCUUGAUGUUCUGGUUGGUCAAUUCUCGGUCAGCGUGUAUCGUGGCAGUGGCUACAACCCAUUCGUUUUGGCAAACAAUACACGUGCUUCGCACAGCUGUGUGAACGAACAUCCCCCUGUGUUUACCCACAAUCCAUUCACUGUCUUUGUCCCAGAGAAUCAAGACCCCGGCCCGAUCCUCACUCUCGAGGUGACAGACGAAGAUGAAUUCGCCAUUCCUCCGCUUUUUGCGCUUGUGGACGAAAGUAUCGAUUUCGCCGUGUCAGCUUCUGGGGUUGUAAGCUCGCUUCGCAGCUUCGACUACGAAGCGGACCCAACCGCUUACACACUCAAUGUCACCGCGACUGACUCAACGCAGGCGGCAAGUUUUGUGGCAUGGGCGUUGGUGAAUGUGUACAUCAACAACACAAACGAUAUCCCGCCGCAGUUUUUGUCCCCUGCCGUUGAGGUCAACGUCGAUGAGACUUUAGCUGUCAACAGCACCGUGGUGUCCUUGCCUUACUUCGACCGUGACUCGCCCUUGAGCAACAUGUCGGCCUACAUUGUGACACCCUCAGUGCCAUUCCGAGCCACCACGGUUGCGGGUGACGUACGGGUGAUUUUGAGCGAGCCGUUGGAUUACGAUACGGGCAAUGACCAUUACGAGUUCACCGUGGCACUAUCCGAUGGAAACUUCGUUGCUACCUGUGAGAUCAUUCUUUCUGUAUUGCCGGUGAACGACAACUCCCCUCUUUUUGAGCAGAGCUUCUUCCAGCUGACCGUCAACACAUCGGUUCCGGUUGGCACCACCUUGGUUGUGCUAGAGGCCACCGAUGGCGAUGGAGAUGUCGUGGCUUACCGCUUGCGCGAACCAUCGCCAUAUUUUGUUGUCGAUGCUGCAUCGGGUGCAUUGCGGUUGAUCGCUGAGCUACCCGCGUUAGAGCCUCGCUUCGAGCUCUUUGUGAUUGCUUCUGAUCAGCAAACCCCGCCUUUGGAAGCCACGGCAAUUGUCGAGGUCUUAUUGCCUGUCGUACGCGAUGUUGUCUUUUCGGCCAAUCCCGCCCUAUUGGUUGGCAAUCCAGCGCGGCUAGCCGCGGACGUGUACGCGCAGCCAGUUGGUCGACCCGUUGGGUUGACUCCCAGCGCGAGCAUGUCCGUAUCAGCCUCGUUCGGAUCGCUCAUUGGGGAACGCAUCGUGACACGCGCCGUUGCGCCGGCGAGCAGCUUCAAGGCCGUUUUGGCCACCCGCACUGCAUUUGUGGCACGCUCUUCAAUUAUCGUUCAUGCUCAACUGUACGAUGAAGACUUCCAGACACUGACAGGAGGUGGUACAAUCACUGUGACGUUUGUGCCUGAUGGCAUGCUGUCGGCAGCUGGUGCUACAAGCAUCAGCAAAUCCUGUGUUGUGGCCUCUGGUGCCCCCGCGGGAUUUUGUACAGUGUCCUCGGGUGCCCUUCCAGUUUCCUGGUUCACCGCACCCUCUUUGUUGGCACAAAAUCUUGACCCACAGGUGAAUGUGCAGGCUAGUGAUGGCUCGUCGAUGCUUGAUUUGGGCGCGGUGGUCUUGCACCGAUCAAUGAAUGGUGCUGCAGAGGCUCUUGAUAUGCAGAUGCGUGUGAUUGUACCUCAACAAGACCUGUUUAUCGGUGACAGCGUUGACAUUUCUAUCGAAGGGCAUGCCGGUUUCCAAGUUCAGACCUUCCUGGUUCGCCUCACCGUUGCAAGUGGUUUGCGCAUCCAAUCGGCAGCAGCCGCUGACUCGAACAAAUUUGCCCUUGUCAUCACUGAGGCAUCAAGCACCGACUGGACCAUCUUCGGCCAACUCAAGGAUGCCGCAAGUGCCUCAACUAGCAUCGUUGACGCUGAGGCGCUUGUUGUCGUGGCCAUGAGCGUUCAUUCAAGUGCGUCGACCAAUGCCACUCUGGCUCUAUCCAUGGAUGUGUUGGAGUUGACAAAUGUCAAGGGUGAAGAUAUUUUCCCUGAAACUGUGCCUGCACAGUUUGUAGACCGUCGCUCGCGCCUUGCAGGUGAGGUUUAUGAGAGUGGGCAGGUCUUCGUAGCUGCAGACGUGAUCACGGGCGUGUUCGCGUAUGCUCCCUCGGCUGAAGUUUUGAACAGUGGUCCUCUAACAGGAGUGAGUGUAUCGGUACCCAUAACCAUCCAAGUGGUUCGACUUUCUGGUGCUCGUGCCCCGGCAUCGACCGGCGAUGUCUUCUGCACCAGUACCUCUCCACUGACAAUGGCAAACACCGAUUGCGCUGACGUCACUUUGACGACCUCCUUUGAUGUUGAUGGAGGUGUGGCAGAAGCUCUGGUCACUGCUUCAAAUGGCGUUGCAGACACAGUCCGCCUCAAAGUCUGGAUGCCAUCUUCAGAUGUUGACAUGGUGGUCUCUGAUCCUUAUUUGGAGCGAUUGACCGACUUUGAGGACUCGGCGUGCCCGAUCUUCUACCAAGAUGCCGUCGUCGAGGUCUUCAGCCAGUUCUCGGCUGGCAGCUUGGACUUGGACAUCAAGUAUCGCGUCACAAACCUCAUCAAGGACAACUUGCGCAUUGCAAACCAUACCGUUGCGUUGAUGGAUGGUACUCACGUAUUUGCGCUGAACGAGGGCAUCACCACGCUCAGCCUGAUGCGUGACGAAAUGCAGCUUGCCAAUGCAUCGAUCACGGUGGCCACCUCAGGAAUCAGGGCCACAAGUCUCGAAGGCUUUGUUGUCACCCGCUUGAGCCUCGACCUUCCAACAAGCAUUUUGUCCACGCAAUCUGCGACAGCUGUGGCCUCAUUGGUGCAAGAGCUCUCUCUUGAAGGUGAUGACGCAUCGGUGCUUGCCGUGGUUGAGUUUGCCGAUGGAACGCGUUUAGUGCUGCCAAAUACUGCGUCUGCUGCCCAGCUCCGCGUCGUAUCGAUUUCUCCCUCUGUAUUGCACGCAAAUGGCACUCGGGUCAUCGCCCGGGCGCCAGGUGUCGGCGAACUGGUCCGCGUAGAGGCCCUCUCAUGCUCUGGACGCCAGGUUUCGAAUGCCACAGUUUUUACAAACGUCAGCAUCCCGGAGCCUGAUGAGGUGCUCAUCGUGAGCAAUGCAUCACGGGUGGCAACUGCUGGUAGUGCUGCCCGCUUCGCCGGUAUCUCUGAAGCAGCGGCUGUCACAGUGGCUUUGGUUUUCAACGGCCGUACGCUGGAUAUGUCUGCUGAUGAGCGCACCAUUCUUACAGUUACCUCCGCGUCAGGAGUGACUGCAACAAUAGAGCAGCUCGGCGAAAACUUGCUCGUCCGCCCUUCAGGCGCGGUUGCGGGUUACUUUUGGAUCAACGUGAGUUUUGUGCACUACAACAUUACGGCGGCCUUGCAACUCCGAGCCGUUGACAUGACAAGUCUUGAGCUGACUGCUCGGCCGACUCCCGCGUACAGCGGCUCGUCAGCUGUUGUCAUGUCAACACUGCACCCACUCGCAAAUACCGGUGUCUACCAGCAAGCCGUGCUGGAAAGCACGGCGGUCUUAACAGACGGCGAGGAAGUCGAUGUUUCCGGGCAAGAAGGCUUGUCGCUGGCGAUCGCAUCCGGUGACUCCUUGGUACAAAUUGUGAACGAGGUUGUGAAUGUACGUUCGGGCGUUAGCAGUGGCACUGCGCAAUUCAUCGCCGACUUCCAUGGAUUGAUCACGAGCAGCGCAUUUUCGCUAACGAUUUCCUCGGACCAAGUUAUGGUCAAUGCCAUUGUACCAACUGGCCAAACAGCGCCAGUCGGAUCUGUCACGUUCACGUCGACGCUGCGGGGCGUGCAGGAUGAGGCCUCUGCGUUUGUCACACUUGGCGCGCGGUUUGACGAUGGAACUUUUUAUCCGACGCUAUUCGGCGCGAACGGUGCCGUCAACCUGCCCGGUCUCAUCACUUUCCGCAGCAGUCAGCCCACCGUGGCCUCGGCCAAUUCGGUGACGGGUGAAGUGACGUUGCACGCCAAUUGGCCAGAAUUGGUCACUGUGACGGCCCAAGCCGUGGCAAGCGGGAUCGAGGGCUCGGCGACUUUUGCGGCCAACCUAGACCCUGACACCUUUGAUGUGGAUUUGGGGGCUGCAACAGGCUUGCCACUGAGCGCCCGCGCCAUUGGCGACACGUUUACGGUGCCGGUCCGUGUUAAUGCCGGCAGCAGCACGCUAGCCUCCAUCGAUUUGUCUGUGUAUUACGACCCCAGUCGGCUGGAGGCGGUGAGCGUGGCGCCUGGCAGUGCCUGGCCAAGCAGCGCGCAGCUGACAGCAACGCUGGACGAUCCACCGGGUGUGGUCCUGUUCGGCGGAGCUUUGGAUACCACGGGUCUGCAGGGCACCAAGGAGAUUGCGGUGUUGACGUUUAGAGUGUUGGCAGGUGCAACGGUUGGUCAGCGCUUGGCGUUGACGGGACAGGUCACGACCAUGGCAGAUACAGACGGCGUCUUGAUGGGCGCCGAGAACCGUGCCUUUGUGGCCGGCAGCGUUGAAAUGGUGGUGGCCAGUGCUGGCCGGCGCCGUCGUGCUGAUGCUGAUGCUGAUUCUGAAGCGGAUGUGACUGAGGAUGGCGCCGAUGGCCUGCUGCCAGCAACCGCCACGGCUGACAGCCGUGCGGUUGUGUUGGCUCUGAUAGCGAAGCAUGGUGGCUUGGAGGGCCCUCAGCAAGGCGUUCGUCAACGCCGUGCAGAGUGCGCCAAUGCACGUUGUACGGCGGCUGAGUGCGUAUCGGUUUAUGGUCAGGCACGCGAGACGGGCGAUGCAGAUGGCAAUUGCCUCUUUGAUGUUCGUGACGUGCGCUAUACCCAAGACUACAUUGUCUACGCUUCGCUGGGCUUUGCCACACCGGCGGGAGCUGCUUUCCGAGCUGAUAUGCUGAGCUCUGGGGAGCAGGAGGCCAAUAUGGAUGCCGAUUUGAACGGCGUGAUUGACGGCCGUGACUCAUCCUUCUUAGCGCGUGUCAACUUCCGUCAGCUCCGCUUCAUCAAGGAUAUCUCCAUCGUUCCCGUCGAGAACAGUGACAACUGCCUCAUGACUCUGGAUGUCACCCUCAUGGCCAAGGGUGACGUGGCCGUGGAUAGCAGCCAGACAGCUUUGCAUUUCAUGCUGACGCAUGCGGAUGUCUCUAAUCAAGAUCUGUUUGACAACGUCGACCUCAUCGAAGGUACCUCCUCCGCCGUCUCGGUCAAUUCGGGCACUGUCUUGGAUUUGACCUCAUACUCGAUUAUGCGAGCCGCCAGUCGCCCCAAUGGCGUUUUCCGUGUCUCCUUACGCACGGGCAUGUCGCUGGAUGACCUUGGUGUCUCCUUGGUCAUGGUGACGACAGAUGCCAAUGGAGUUUCCGAUGUUUCGCGCCAGUUUUUCCUGGAUGGCUCCUCCUUGGCACCCUAUCAUCAUGCAGGCCGGCUCGAUAUUGAUGUUGGCGUGCUCCAAGCGAAUGCCUAUCGCAGCAACGGCUUCAAUCCGUUCAUCUUGUUUGAUAAUGCUCUGCGAUCUGAUUUCUGUGCGCAAGAUGGCGCUGUGUUCAACUUUACGGUGUCAGAGGACGUGAGCAUCGGAACUGAUCUCGGACUCAUUGUCCAGUAUGACUCAGGCCUUGGCGUGCCGCGUAAUGCUGCCGUGGAAUUUUCCAUUUCAGGCACUUCACCAGAUGCCUUCGAGGUCAACUCGCAAAACUUUAACUUGCAGGUGGCACAGGCUUUGGAUCGGGAGGCGCGCGCAAGCUAUGCGCUGGUUGUGGCGAUGGAGGUGCUUGAAUUCUCCUUGGAAGCUCAGGUCUACAUCGUUGUAUCCGAUGUGAAUGACAAUGCGCCGCAGUUUUCCAUGGAGAUAUUUCAGUUUUCAGUCAUGGAGAAUGUUGCUGGUGUUGUCAUUGGAACCGUGAGCGCCACAGAUCCCGACGAGGGCGUUAAUGCAGUCGUUGUUUACACGUCGCUCGACCCCGCGCUGUAUGCUAUUGAUGAGAUCACAGGUGAGGUGACCCUCUUGGUGCAGCUGGAUCGGGAGGUGUUGCCCUACAUUCUCUUUAAUGUCUCGGCACGCGACAGUCCUGAGGCGAGCGCUCCCCUCGUCACGGUGGGGGCCGUAAACCUGACAGUUUUGGAUGCAAACGAUAAUCCGCCGCGUGUCAAUGCCAGUUCGCUUGAGAUUUCCGUUUCGGAGAAUCUGGCAUCGCCCCUGGUGAUUGGCCAGCUGCUGAUUUCUGACGCUGACCUGGGCGUGAAUGCUCAAGUGCAGCAGAUCCGUGUGCUGACUUUUGCGGACUGGAUCGAUGUAACCCCCGAAGGUGUUGUCAUUGCCUUGCAAUCUUUUGAUCGCGAGGCAGUGGCCCAGUACAACGUGCUGAUUAAUAUCACCGACGCCGGGUCACCGGCGCUGUCGACGCUCGCCACCAUCAAGCUCGACAUCCUUGACGUCAAUGACAACACACCCAUUUUUGAGGCCAGCCUUUAUCGGGUAGUCGUGCCAUUGGGCACGGAGCCGGGCAGUAUUCUCCGUGAUGUGGUUGCUCGCGAUGCAGAUGCUGGCAUUAAUGCGGAGCUGCUCUACACGAUUGGGGCGCAGACGCCCAAUGGUUCUGUGUCCGUGCUGACGUAUGGUGGACGAGCGCGUGUCGUGCUCGAUCAGUUGAUUGGUGACGUUGGGGAUGAAAUUUUGGUCACACUUGUGGCAACCGAUCGAGGCAUUCCUGCGCUCAGCUCAACUACAGAAGUAGUACUGAAGAUCAGCGAGAACCAUCGUUUUGACUUUGAGGCUGGUGCCGGCUAUCGUGGAGCGUACAGUUCAACGAUCAAUUCGGCCCGACAAAAUUUUGGCCCAUUCUUCAUGACCAACGCUACUGCAUUCAACGUAACGCUACCGGGCAUCAAUGGCCUCGGCCCUGUGACAGCACAAAUCAGUCGCGAUUCGGCUUCAUAUGCCGAUCUCGUGGUUCUUGACAAGGAAGUUUUUAACGACGAGCCGGACCUUGGCACUCCCCUGCGUGUGCGUGCUGCUGGCCUGGCCAAGACGACCUAUCAUCGCAACGCCGGUGCUGGCAUCGAACUCACUUUUUGGUUGCGGUUGUCAACCAACCCGAGUUUUUCGCUGAUGCUUUCUUGCACAACAGCGAGCAAUGGUGUAUGCUCAAUCGAGUUCACCGUGCCCGACGCGUGGUUUGCGAGCGACGCUGAUGUGAGUGCUUUGAUCUCUGUUGCAGCUGAUGGCUCGAGCUUCGGUGCUGUAUCAGCUGUCACCCUGCAUCCGCGCAACACUGGAGUAUCUGAUGUGGUGCUGCGCAACGAUGCUUGGCUGUUGCUGCCAGCACGUACGGUGUACGCUGGCGAGACUUUCGUGGUCGCCUUAUACGCACAAGCGACAGCGGGCGUGGCCUCAUUCUCCAUUACUGUGGCAUUACAGAACGCGUUCCGACUAGUGAGCGUGACCAGCGCAUCCGAUGACUUUGUAUACUUGCAAAGCGGGCGCGUAACUUGCACAGAGCCUGUCUUCUCAGACAAUUCCGCAUGCGAAGAAGCAAUUACCUUGUCAGGCAACCGUGCAUCUGGCUCCACCUCUUCCGCAGAUGCCGUGCGGCUUGCGCUAUUGACUGUCACGGUUCGCACUGCCCAACCUUCAGGCACAGCAUCUCUUCGUGCCACCGUCAACAACCUCUUUUCUUCCGCUGACCAGUUUGUGUUUCCUUCGGAUGUCGCAACCCAACAAUUUCCCUACGCAGCAUCGGUUGUGGAUCGCGAUGGUACCACAUUGCGUUCUAGCAAUGGCGGUGAGCUGACGAUUGAUGCCGAUCUCCAGCAACUGGCUGGCUUGUUUGCCUACAGCGAUGCUGGUGUGAUGGUGAAUACAGCGCAAUUGAAUAGCCAGGCCCUCUCAUGGCCCAUGGUGGUCCUGGCAGUUCGCGCCCGAAGUGGAAGCGUGAUCGUCGUGGACUCAGGACUGAAUUGCGCGCCAGAGGACGAUGUGCUUGUGCACGUUUUGGAGAACUGCGCGCUUGUGGUGCUGGAUGGCACAGAACUUGCGGGGUCAGCGACGGCCCGUGUAUUUGUGGAGUCAGCCGGGGCCACCGGCACGGCUACCUUCCAUGUAUUUGCGGUGCAACGUGCCUCCCUAUCGCUGUCCACCUCGACCCUCGGUCGUCUCGAGGGCGCCAUGAACGACGCGUGCACCGAGCCUGCAUAUCGUACCGCGCAAAUCAAGGUUGAGGCCACAUUUUCGGACGCUAAGUCAGCCUUUACUGCCGACGUGACCACGUGGCUAGAGAGUUCAAUCACAACAUCGGAUGGUAGCGUCGCAACAGUGGACGGCCAAACGCUUCAGGGCGUGGCCCCAGGGCUCACGACCGUGUUUGUUGAUGGCACAACCCGCAUUGCCCCCGUCAACGUGGAAGUCACCUCAACUCCAGCAGAGAUCUUUGGAUUUGCGCCGCUGCUGUACAAUGACGCCAUCUUUUACCUGUCAACUGACACGGUUACUGAGGCUGGAUCUUUGUCGGCGCGCCUGUCCCUCUCCAAUUUGUUGCUGAACAACGGUGACCGCUCAUUCUAUUUGGUUGACAUCGUUUACGGCGAUGGUGUGCGGCAAGCUAUUGCCCUGAACGAUCUUGUUGUGAAAUCCUUGGAUACACAGGUGGUGGUAGUAGGUAGCGAUCACGUGGAGGCUGUUGGCUCAGGUUUUGGUGACUUGCUGCAGUUUGAGUGGAUUGAUGCCUGCUCCGGCUUACCCAUCGCAGCGCAGAACUAUUCCAUCUCCGUGUCAUUCAAUGACAAUGCACCCGUGUUUGAGGCUGAAAGCUAUACGUACUCGCUGCCCGAACAUGCGUCAACGCGCGUGUUAGGCACCUUGACUGCAACGGAUGCUGAUGUGGAGCGAGAUGACCCAAUUUACUACGGGCUGGUGUCUUUGAUGGCGCCGCACCUAACGACGCCCUUGCUUGGUGUGGAGGUGACCAGUGUUUUCGUCAAUGCGACCACGGGCGUCUUAUCAGUUCGCUCCGGGGUGCCUGAACUUGAUCGCGAGCUUUCUGAAACAUGGACUGCUCUCAUUGGCGCCAGCAACUACUUGACCGACUUGGAGUUGGCCGCUUCUGGUGUAAACCAGUCGGGCUUGCAGAUUGGUUAUGUGCAAAUUGCGCUCGCCUUGACUGAUAUCAACGACAACGCACCGGUUAUCACGAGCGUGAUGGCAGCGCGUGUGGUCCCUGCCAACUUUGUUGGCGCCACCAUCUUGGAUGUGGAUGCUACCGACGCGGAUACUGGAGUCAAUGGUGAGUUUUUCUUCGACUUGUCCUCCAGCACCGCUGUCAGUGAGUUUGCAACAAUCGACGCUCCUUCGGGUGUGAUUGCCACGACUCGCGACUUGUCGGACCUUUCCGAGGACACGGUGACGAUGAUGGUCACGGCCACAGACCGUGGUGCUGUGCCGCUAUCAAGCUCAGCAUCAUUGCGCGUUGAAGUGUAUCGUCGUGACCUGCUCCUAGCCAUGGAUGUGGCUUUGUCUGUCGAAGAAGCAAUGGCACACUUGGAUGAGAUUGCUCGAUACGUGAAUGACGUGAGCAAUCAUGAGCUCUAUCUGCCUGUACAUGCUGUGUAUGAGCUUGUGAGCGAAUCUGAGCGCCGCCGUGAUGAGACCUGGGCCACCGUGCACGUCCUAGCGGUGCGAAGCAUUGAGGCUACAAAUGCAGCAACAGACGAAAUUUUGAAGGCAGGCCGGGCUCUUUUGGUCGACAUUUACGGCAACAUUCCGGCUUCAACCCUGCAGGCUGAAUUAUCUCCCUAUGAGCAGGAGAUUGGAGAGCAACUAGGCGCCUCCGUAUCUUUCCGCGCUUAUGCUUUGGACCCGAAUGCAUCAUCAGGUGACCCAGGAGCAACGCUUCUGGCCAUCGUUUUGCCUUUGGUGGUCAUUCUGAUCCUGGUCCUGUUGUUGGUGGGCUUUAUUGUGCAUCGUCGAUUGCAAACCUUGGUUUAUAAAACCGCGAGUUUUGCCUGUCUGUCUCAUGUACGCAUGUGUGUUAUUGCCUUGUGCCCCAUCAAUCCUAAUAGACGCACUGCUGAGCCGGAGGAAUCCUUUGCGGUCAUGCUCAAUCGCUUAAGUAAAGAUGAGUCACAACGCGUGCUUGACCCGGAUGGACCAUCUGAGUUUACCUUUUCAGGUGGUGAGAUUGAUCCAGAGACUGGUAAUGCGUUCUUUUACAAGACCACUGAGGAGUUGAAGACGGUGAACGCCCCCAAGGACGACGGGGACACCGGCUUUACUACCAAAACAACGCGCCUAAUCACUGAUGAGAAGCACUGGUUGAUCAAGGCCGAGCCAGAACUGGUUGAUCCGCUGGAGGCUUGGGACGAGGGCGACUUGCAAGAGUCGGAGUUUGGAACUGCAACGGUGGUUCUGGACGCCAACGAUGUGGCCUUUGAGCGCUUUGAUGAUGAAUUCGCGCUGGAUGACUUCAACAACCCCUUGUAUAGUCUGGACCAGCUUCCUCAACCCGCGUUUGCCGCCUUUGACGAAAGUGCUGCGUUGGAUCACAAAUCGCCCAUGAGCGAGGCAUCAGCCUCACCCCAACCGCAGCCCCAGGCGGUGUCCGGCAUUCGUGCCGAGGACGAGGUCGAAGAAACAGCGUUUGGCAAGGCAUGCACCAAUUCUCAUGUCCUUUGUUUCGUUCAUGCAGCUGUUCUCAUGGCAUUUCCCGGCAGUAGCACAUUGGCUGAGCUGGUUACUCGUACCCCGAACCACCUCUUGCAGUACCCAAUGCAGUUGAACCGGGAAAGCAGAGCAAGCUCACAAGAGGGGCGCUUGGGUAGCAGAGCCAAUGAAGGGGCAAAGGGCAGGAGUAGCUGGCGAUCGGCUUUGCAACCUGAUUGGGAACAACAACAUUCCAUCCAUCCAAACCUCAAUCCGACCCUGCCGCCACCUAUCAACCUCACGCCGCUGACACGUCGAAGCUCAAAGCGCCAAGCACCUUGGCAUAAACGCCGCCAUGCACCAGGGCAACUCUCAGGCGCUGAAGUGGAAGCUCUCCUCUUGCAGUUUGGCCUUCAAGAUGCUCAGGAACGCAUAGACGUGGCCACAUACCUCAUCGACACGUAUGGCCAAUCCGCUGAGCAGACCAUCUCUCAUAUUUCCCUGGCCGAGGGGCUUUUGAGCGAAGCCCAGAAACUAGCGAGCAGUAACCCAAGUGUUGAUGAAGAGCCCGGCGUGUUGCCUUUGCGCCGGUUAUCAUCUCAAAAGCUGCUCCAGCUCAAGACACUCAUGCAGCAAAUGGCACCUGAAGAGCUACGGCCCAAGGUAGAGGCUGUCGAGGUGCAGGAUGGUCUCGAGGUCCAAGCCGAAGUCUUUCCACUUUCAGAGAAUGCACAUUCGGAUUUGCUCUUCACCUCAGCGACAACACUGCAAGUCGAUUCGAAGCAACUUCGUGACCUUCAAGAUGACAUACGAUCUCUGCGUAGCACGAACGAAGCCCUCUCAGCAGCUCUUGAAAUCAAAACGGCCGAGCAUCGCCAGCAGAUGCUCGAGCAGCAAGAAAUUGCUCAGACCCAUAUCGAUCAGUUGGAGACUGCUCAUCAAGCGGACCGGUCUACGAACAAGGAUUUGCAAGCUGAGCUGCGUGAUUCACGUGCUCGCCUGCAAGACUCUCAAGAAGAGUUGAAACAUCGCUCGAUCGAAUGUCAGCACCUGCGCUCCACCAUCAAGGCUCGCGAUGAAGCACACAUACAAGAGGUCCAGCGGCUGACGGAGCAAUUGGACAACUGCCGCCGCGAGCUUCGCCAGCAUGAAUUCACAAUUCACACUGCUGAACGACGUGCACACGACCUUAUGCAAGUCGCUCAAGACCAUGAAGAGCGCUCUGAGAUCCUGGCUAGGCUAGAGGCCGAGCUCAAGCAAGCUCAGCUGCAAAUUGUCUCGUUGGAGCAAGAUUUGGCUCGGCAAAGCAAUCAUGAAGCUGAGAUUGACUUUCUCCGCCAAGCGAAUCAAGAACUUAAGAGCAUGCUACAUGACCAUGACAUUGCCCUCGGGCCUCAGGUUGAGGCCUUGGAUCGUCAAACGUCUCAAGGCUGGACCACAACUUUGGUCGAUUCCGCCGUCCAAACCGAGCAUGAGUACGCAGAUACACUGUUCAAAGCCUUGGAGGGUUUGGACGAUGCAGAGAAGCAGCGCCUUGAGUUGGAACGCGUGAUUGCAUCGCACGUUGCUGCGUUGGCUCGUCAGAAUGAAACGAUUGAGGCCUUGCACAAGAAUCUCAAGGCACAACAAACGAGUUACCAAGAUCUGAUUGAUAAGAAAACGCAACAACUGCAUCAGCGCAAGCUUUUGGCGGAUGAGCAAGCGGCUGUUAUUGACCGCCUCAAGUCACCUGUUCUGGACAUGACAAAUACCGUGCAACUGGUCCUCGCUAAGAAAGAGAAACUUUCACGGUCGCUUUUUGAGGCGCGCCAGCAAGUGGCAAAGGGAGAAGAUGCUCUGGAAGUGGCUCAUGGAAAAGCAGCGCUGCUGGAGCAACAAUUGCGUCGUCUUGAAGCUGAGCAUUUGGCUUUACGUCAGCUAAUGCAAGAGCUUCGAAAGAAGCAGCAAGGUUCGGCUUCCGAUGAGCGCCGAGCAGGAUCCAAGCGUGAAUCUAAGCAUUCAGCUGGCACGCCCAGCUGCCAUGAUGAAGAAGCAUCGCCAAUCUUGGGCCAUAGUUCUUCAGAGGCCCAGCAACGAGAAUUGCGAGAGGCCCAGCGUGCUGCCAAACAGCGCCGCCAACAACUUACACAGAUUGACGUCAUUGUCAAGCAAUUUGGCAAGAGCCCGCAUGACGCUUCUCUCAAAGGGCUGAGACUCAAAGCCGAAAGCUGUCGUGUGGCAUUUGAACCCUUGACCCCUUCCAUCAAGGAAGACUUUGUUGGGCUCAUUCAACAGCGCCUUCGCCAGUGUGAUGGCAUUUGGCAGGUGCGAGACGAGCAAGCCCGUGCAAGCGUGGAACAAACUGAGAUACGAGUACGCUCGGCAGAGCAGCUGGCACAGCAAAGGCAAGAACAAAUCAACAGGAUGCAGACGGUUAUCGAACAGCAAAACCAAAAAAUGACACGAUCGCGACAUCUGCUACAUGACUUGAUGGGGGUUGGUCAUCGGGAGCUUGAGGUGAACGAUGCAGAUCUGUUACACCCGAUGUCACCGACAACAACGCUUCAAUCGGGCCAGGCCACGUCUUCUCGCCUCUCUCCACGCCCGAACAGCUACGUCAAGGCCACUGGUGGCUCAGCACUUCUUGAGUCGAUGACGGACGCUGUGGACAAGGUGGCGCCGACCCCCAUAGCAGCCAUCGCCCGAGAUAACCUGAACGGCUUGGACAGUUCCUUGGCGUACACGUCGAGCUUGGGCGACCAAACUCACGUGUACGAAGUUGUAGAUCAAACACUCGAAGACUCACAGCUGAGCGUGCCUGGGUCGCCGCGUGCCACUCGAUCCCGUUCACAAACCCCCGAGCCAGCGGCACGCAAGGUCUCGUCGGCUUUGACCGCAGAGAUCCGCAGUGCACUUGGCAUCCGCAAGCAUGGUUCUGUACCAGUGUUGCAACGACCCAGUCUUGGGCCGCUGGCGACGGAGGACACUCCAGCAGAUGAUAAUGAAGAAUGUGAACUCUCGACUUGUCUCGGCACUGACAGCAACCAGUCUCUCCGGGUUCGAGCCUUGACGGCACGUGUACCGUCACGCGCGCGCGAACUGCUGCAAGAGCGCAUGAGAAGCAAGCAAGUGCCUUCCACGCCUGACCAGCAAGUGGCCGAACCUGCAUCCUUUGGGCCAGCGUCAGAGCCGAUGUCAAGCUCAAUUAGUGGUCAACUAAACAUGGGUCACGAGUCCUUGUUUCGGGGAGUGAGCAGUCAUAGUCGCCGCUCACCCCCGGCCCGUGGGCAUGUGUUGAGCUCUGUCUCGACGCUGGCCGAGCAGUGGCUGAACCGGUCAGGCUCGCGCGAAGCCUCACCCACCUCUUCCCGCCGCUGCUCGCCCAGCUUGGCCGCCAGCGUGGACGAUGAACGUCGCGAUUCGUGCAACUCCCACGCCUCUGGUGUAAGCGUUAGGUCGGUUAUUAAACCCAGCUCGGGUUUGGUGCGCGGUCGUCGGGCGGGUAGCUCCCGACGCAAGCCGAGUCGGCGCAGUGUGCGCAAGCUUGCCCAGCCUCGAGGCGCACCUGACGAACAUGUCGAAUCGGACGAGGAGGAAUUUGACGCCGUUGAAGACCUUGUUGGCCCACCAACGACCAUCGCUUGCCGGAAGACGUCCACGCAAUCAGAGCCAACUGUGAGCUCAGUUCGAGUCGGUCCAAGUGCGCAGCCGCUGCCCGUGCGUCAGAUGCGCAUGUCCACUGGCACGGUCACGACAAACCGACAGCGCCUUCAGGAACUCCUAAGUGCCAUGACAUCAAGCCGGCAUCAGACCAAGCUGUGA